AUGCCCGCACUUCUCCUCCGCCUGCGCAGUCCCGUUCCCCACCUCCCGCGGACGCAUCGUAGCGCAACAUUUAUAGCACCACGGUCACAUACGCAGCGCUGGCCGUCUGUCACGCCAAAAAUCCACACACGAUGCUACGCCCAGCAACCACACCAGCCACAACUGGGCACCACGACGCCUGUCGAAGAUGAAAGCAAGCGACCGCCCGUAAAGUCGCCGUUCUACUUUGAAGCGGGCUACGCGCUCUUCGCGAAGCGCCCCAGUCGUCCCUUCCCGCCGCCCUUCCUCUCGCUCCCGUCAACAAGCUUCUCAGAGCCGCUGAGCACACACAACAAGUCGCGCGACCGGCGGCCCAAAGUAGACGGUGAGAUGAUCCGCGGCGUGACCAACGGCGACGACGCGGUGCUGGUCAGCGACUACUUCAUCGGUGCGAACGACGGGGUCGGCGCGUGGGCGACCCGGGAGCGGGGCCAUGCAGCACUGUGGUCGCGGCUGAUUCUGCACUUCUGGUCGCUCGAAGCUGAAGCCGCGCCCUUCUCUGCUGCUGCCCCUCCAGACCCAAUCCACUACCUGCAGACCGCGUUCGAGCGGACGAAAGCCGCGACCUCAGAGCCCAACGAGUGGCACGGCACGACGACGGCCGUCGGCGCGCUGCUCAGCGCUUCUGAAAAUGACGCGCCCUUGCUGUACGUGACGCAGAUCGGCGACGGGCAGAUCCUCGUCAUCCGGCCCUCGACGAAAGAAGUGCUGUUCAGGACGGAGGAGCAGUGGCACUGGUUCGACUGCCCGCGGCAGCUGGGCACCAAUUCGCCCGACACCCCGACCACGAACGGGGUGCUCGACGUGCUCGAGAUCCAGGAGGACGACGUGGUGAUCGCGAUGACGGACGGGGUCGUGGACAAUCUGUGGGAGCACGAGGUCGUGACCAACGUGUGCGAGUCGAUGGAGAAGUGGCGUUUCGAGGGCGCGCGGGAAGAGCAGAGCUACGCCGACGGCAUGCGCUUCGUUGCACAGCGGCUGGUGAACGCUGCGCGUGAGAUCGCCGAGGAUCCGUUUGCCGAGAGUCCGUACAUGGAGAAGGCGAUUGACGAAGGGCUGAGUAUUGAGGGGGGCAAGCUCGACGAUAUCAGCGUCGUUGCCGCGCAGUGCAAGAGGCGCAACGGCUGA